AUGCGACACCUCACGGGUGGCGCCGUUGACGAGCAGCUGUUACAAACCCUUUGGUUGCAGCGGAUGCCUUCGAGAGUGCAAGAGCUGCUCUCAGUAGUUGAAGGAAUACCUCUGGACAAAUUAGCGGAUUUAGCCGACAAAACGUUAGAAAGAGCCUUUCCUUCUAUUACGGUAGCAGGAGCAUCCACAUCUGUUGCCGAGCCGAACUUGCUCUCCGCCAUUGAGCAGCUGACGCAGCAAAUUCAACGACUCACGGCAGACAAGGAAGGUGGCCGACGCUCUCGCUCGAAACGGCGAGGACGCAGUCAAUCCUGUAGUCAAACUCGGGACAAAACGCAAUCUGCUAAACAUCGUUAUUAUCAUGUUAGGUUCGGAGAGAAAGCAAGGAAGUGCACGCAGCCAUGUGCUUGGGUCAAGGCCCUUGCUAACAAAUCCACCAGCGAAGCGGAAAACUAG